UUUAGCUAUUAUUUUGUUUGCUUUUAUGCAAUUAUAUAUUUCUAGACUCAUUAAGGGAAUAAGUUCCCAUAGGACAGGGACACAAUCUUAUCAACAUGGUUACCCAGAUUCUCCUAGAAUCAAUAACUAGGGCAGAUCACUUGUGUUUCCAUGAGAGGCUCUAUGAGCUUCAACUCUAAAACUGAAGUUUUUGAAUCAUUUAUCAUGUCUGCCCAUGUAGCUGUCUUCCACAUGCUGCAAUUCACUUAAUGCAUAAUUGAUGGACCCCCUUGAAAACAAGGGACAAUUUGGGGACUUAUUUCAUAAAGAAACUAUUUCAACUAUACAGGAAAUUAGCAAGCACUACAUGAAUGUUAUGGAUGCUAGUUCUCUAACUAGCAGCAAUUACUCAAAUGACUCAACUCAGCACUCUGACAACUAGAACUUUCCCCAAGUGUUUGCCAAACAGGGUGUACACGUUUCAUGACAUGUCCUCAUGGGUCCAUGGGGCUAAAGCAUAAACUAUCUCAUCUAUGCUUUGACCUCAUUGUCACUCAGGUGACAGUGAGGAUAGCCCAAAUUAAAGACCAUUGAUUAAGAACAGGCUCAACCCUGGGUCAUGCUCUGGUCCAUGGCCUGUUAGGAAUCAACUCACACAGCAAGUGAUCAAAUCCUCUGCUCUAUUUACAGCCAAGCACCACCCCUUACGUCACAACCUGAGCUCUGCCUCCUGUGAGAUCAGCCUUGGCUUAAAAUUCUCAUAGGAGCAAAAACACACUGUGAACUUUGCAUGCAAGGAUCUAGGAGUGUGCAUGUGAGGAUCUAGUUGUGUGUAUGUGAGGAUCCAGGUGUGUGAUUUGAGGAUUGACAUGUGUGCAUGUGAGGACUUAGGUGUGUGAGUGCAAGGAACUACAUGUGUGUACCUUAAAAAAACCUAAUGCCCCGUGAUCUGAUGUAGAGCUUAGGUGGUGAUGCUUCUAAUGCUGAAUGGAUGCAAAUAGGGAUUAAAAUUACCAGAGAUGUUUGACUUCUCACACACACCAUAAUACAUCAAUUGCUUGCAGGAUCAUAUCAAAAUCCUAUAAGUAAGCAGCAGGUGACAGUUAAACUGCAUGUGCUGACAGAUUUAUGUCAGACUUCAACCCUUAUUUUGGUCAGCAUGUGGCCUGCCCAUUAUUUUAUUUUCUUUAUUCUGAAUUAUGGUGUUUAUAAAUUAUAGGAUUAUAUAUUACAAUGUAGUAAUAAUAGAAAAAAGUGUACAGUAAAGGUAAUGGGUUGAAUCCUCCCAAGCUAACCUCCUGCCAGUCUGAGGACAAAUUGUCUUCCAUGAAACUUGUCUUUGGUGUCAAAAACCAUUGAAAACUGCUGCUCUCGAAGAUAGAUUUGAUAAGUUCAUUGCCAUAUUUCUCUUUUUUAAGGCAGGGUCUAUUUACAAAGAACAAUCCAUGUCUUAUAGUUUAUCACAAUCCCAGUACUUGUCACAAUCCUGAAAAUGCAUUGGUGUUUAAUAAAGAAGAAAUUAAAAGAGAGACAAGUGGAGAGAAAAUGGAAUCAGAGAAUGAGCUGAAAAUUCACAUGGCUUUACAACAUGACUCAAAGCUAUGUUGAUUUAAGAAAAUGUUUUAAUAGACAUAGAAUCAUUCAAUUCACUCAUAGUAAACACUCAACAUAGAAUCCAUGUCAUUUCCAGAUCAUGUAUAACACACAUCCUGGGUAAUACUCACAGUUUUUAUUUAUAUCACCCACAAAAUUUCCUGGAGCUUAUCCACAAAAUACCUUUGCAUUUUAUUUUCAUCUUAUCUCCUCCAUAGUUUCACAAAAAAUAUGAAAUUGAAAAACAGAACAACACUCUCAGAAUUUCUCCUCCUGGGACUGUCAGAUGACCCACAGCUCCAGCCCCUCAUCUUUUGCCUGUUCCUGUCCAUGUACCUGGUCACCAUCCUGGGAAAUCUGCUCAUCAUCCUGGCUGUAAGGGCUGACUCCCAUCUCCACACACCCAUGUUCUUCUUUCUUUCCAAUCUGUCCCUUAAUGACAUCUGUUUAAGCACUACCACAAUUCCAAAGCUGCUGGUGAGCAUCCAAACAGAGGAUCAGAGCAUCACCUAUACAGGCUGCCUCACUCAGUGCACCUUUUUCUUGAUUUUUGCUGGUUUAGAAAAUUGUCUCCUCGCAGUGAUGGCCUAUGACCGUUAUGUGGCCAUUUGUCACCCGCUAAGGUACCAGAUCAUCCUGACCUCUGACUUCUGUGUCUUGCUAGUUCUUUUCUCCCUGAUCCUUAGCACUGGGCAUGCCCUGCUCCACACUCUGAUGGCACUGCAGCUUUCCUUCUGUACAAAAGUGGAAAUCCCUCACUUCUUCUGUGAACUUGUCCAGAUCAUCAAGCUUGCCUGCUCUGAUACCUUUAUCAAUACCCUUCAGAUAUAUUCAGCAGCAGUCAUAAUCUUUGGUGUUCCUAUUGCUGGAAUUAUUUUCUCUUAUACUAAAAUUGUCUCCUCUGUUUACAGAAUGGCCUCAGUGGGGGGAAGGUAUAAAGCUUUCUCCACCUGUGGGUCUCACCUCUCUGUUGUUUUCUUAUUCUAUGGGACAGGCUUUGGUGUCCACUUGAGUCCUGCUGUUACCGAAUCUUUCACCAAGAAUGCUGUGGCUUCAGUAAUGUACGUUGUGAUCCCUCAAAUGAUGAACCCCUUUAUCUACAGUUUGAGGAACAGAGAAAUGAAGAUAGCUCUGAGAUAUCUCAUUACUGGGAAGCCUUUUAUAUUCUUGUGUUGUUAGCUCUAAGUUUGGCUUUUUAGAAUGUGAUAAAGUGACAAGAAUGCAGGUGAGACAAAAAACCUGAAUGUUAAGUCACUAAGGUCUUUCAAGAUGACUGUAUAAUAUGAUGCCUAAGCACAUUUCAAUUUGUAAUUUAAGCUUCUUUUAUAUUCAUACAUUUGUGUGGUAUUUGGCUAAUGAUUUCCAUAUCUAAACUCUAUUGUGUUCCUCUAGUUGCUUAGAAAAUACAUGAUUUAAGGUUUCAAUUUCAUCAAUAAUUUUUAGAUUCAUUUCAGAAAAUCCAAUGCUGGAGGGAGUAGUAGAUGGAACAGGGAUAAGUAUGAGAGUCUGUGUUGAUAUCUGGAGGUGAGCUUCUGUGUGAUUCUGCAUGAUUUCAUGGUUGGAGUCAUAGUUUGUGAGUUUUAACCCAUAUGAAGCUAAUGAUCUGAGCUUUCUUCCAUAUUUAAGUAAUUGCUGAGAUUUUCCUAGUAACUGGACCCUUCUGAGGUCAUAUUAACAUCUCCCAUAUUUGGCUUCAUUAUUUAUAAAAUUCCCACUUUUAUAUUAUGUGAAUGCUUUGAAGUAUUUUUGAAAUAUUAGAGAUUUUUAACUUCAUCAAAGAAGAUGCCUUCAGUUCUCAUAAGAAAAAGAAAUUUUGACACUAAUAUGCUUGGUUCACCAAGAGAGUUAUUGUACAUGACUAUGAAUUCACAAGGGUGUCCAGGAUGAGAGGUUCACUGAUCCCUGCAUGAUGUGGUCUCUUCUUACUGCUGUUUUCCUCACAGCCACCUGUUCCAUUACUAUAGCUUGGACCUGAAAUGUCCCCAAAGGCCCAUGUGUUAAAAAUUUGUUCCCCAGUUUCUGAUACUUGAGUGGGCCUGGUACCUAUAACAGGUGGAGCCAACUAGGGGGAAGUUAGGUCCUGGGGCCAUGCCCCAGAAGGAGAUAGUGGGAAGCAAAACCAUCCCUCCUCUCUUCCCAGCUGCCAUGAACUGAGCAGUACUGGUCCUCAUCACUUGCUCUUCAUCAAAAUACUCUCCUACAUCACUGCCUGAAAAGCAGUGAGACCAGACACCCAUGAAGAUCUCAAAAUAAAGUCUUUCUCUUUAGGUUGAUUGGCACAAGUACUUUUUACACUAAUGCAAAGAUGACUACCACACUAGGUGGCUGUUUCCCCUAAAUAGAAAGCUGCACGUCCACUGCUACAUCUACUCAUAGGAGAUCUCUCUACGGAUAACCUAGAAGACACCUCUGUCCAAGUUGAGUACUGGGCCUGACAAUGAUACUUCUGCAUCCUUAUGCCUCUCACCUUGUGAUUAUGCAUCUUCAUGAUAACAGGAUACAUGCUGCUUACAUCAACAAAGGAUUGUUUUUCCAGUGAAUGGUCUUUUUAUUUUGUCAGUACUGGGGAUUGAACUCAGGACCUUGUGCUUAUGAGGCAGGUGUGGCACCAUUCAGUUAAAUCACCAGUCCAUUGAUGGUCUUCUUAUGCUAAUUUACUUGUGUCAGUGCUAAAUGUAGUUUCAUAUAUUAUUGUAAGAUAAACAAAAGUAGAGACUAAAAUGGGAUUAAUGCAACAAAUUUUGAUUGGAAUAUUAUAUGUUUCUCCUAAAAACUCAUUUUGUUGGGCUGGGGAUUUAGCUCAGUGGUUCCGCUGCCUGCCUCUCAAGCACAAGGUCCCGAGUUCAAUCCCUGGUACCAAAAAAACCACCUCAUUUUGUUGCUCUGUAAUACAUCCUCACCCCAUUAUAUGUGUCCAUAUAAGUUUUUACAUUAAAUUUUUAACCUUCAUAAACAUUCAAGGUAAUGAAAACUCACUUGAAGCCACAGUCACAAGCAAAGAAUUCCUGAAUAGGACUCCAGAAGUACAAUAAAUAAUAUCAAGAAUUGAUAAGCAGGAUGCCAUCAAAUCAAAAAGCUUCUGUACAGCAAAGGGAACAGUUCACAGAGUGAAGAGACAGACCAAUGGAACAACAACCUUUGCUUGCUAAAUUUCUGUUAAAGAAUUAAUGUCUAUAAAUUGUGAAACACUCAAAAAGCUAGUUUCCCCAAAACGAGUAAUCCAGCUUAAAAAGACACUUCCCCAGAGAACUGCAAAUGGGAAGGGACCCAUCACGGUAGACUAGUGGCAGAGGUCCAUGAGAGUAUGUCAGAGAAGACCCACUAGAAAAUUCAGGUCCUCAAGAGUGGGGGAGCUAAACAUACAUAAACAUGAGGAAUCAACCUUAAGGAGAAAUCCACUUGAUCAAAUUCAACAUCAAGUGGGUUAGAAAGGGAAGCAGGGAUCCUUCUGAAACACAGCACACCAUACACCCCAUGUCUGGUUACCAUGCCACCUUGAGAGCAGUUCUCACAUCCUGAGGGAAAGAGCAGAGGUGAGAGUCCUGGGAUAGACUCCCAACCUACUCUCCUACUCUCGGAGUGGGAACACAGUGAAGGAGCAUCUCACAGAUCAGGGCAUCAAAGAAACUAAAACUAGAGUACCACUCAGAGGCUAGAGACUGAAUGACACCCUCAGAUUCCUGGAGAUGUGUAGAACAAGUGCACAGCAUUAACCAGGGGCCCAGAGCUGGCAGUUGGGAGAAGUGUGCCUCUGGGAGCUGAAGAUUACACUAGUGAAGCACAGGUUAGAAAGGGAGUUCCAGCACAGACAGUCUCCCACUACUGCCCAAACACUUGGGAGUUCUGGGUGCAUGUAAUAUCCGGCCCCCUCUCCAUUAUUCAGUGCAGGCAUGAAAGACUCCCCCAUGCUGGCCAAGGGUUGCUGAGCACCAGGAGCCCUCACAGUCACAGAGCUUGUGGGUGAGGAGCUGCAGCAUGUAACUAGCUAAAGAUGGGGGUGAAAGGAGUUACAACAAUGCAGGGCCUGAGCAGGCACUCCCCUAUUGUUCUAAAAUCCAGGGAGUUUUGUUUGCAUGUAAUACCCACCAACUGCCUACCUCUUGGUGGCAGUAAAGGAACUCCCUGACACUCCAACAGAGAGGUCAUGGGUAGGAAAGCAACAACAUUGGGAAUGGUGGAGGAGACUCAGCCAGAGAACAAGACAAUGUGCGCUCAGCUACAGCCCUAUAGAAAAAGAGCUCAGGGCUGCAAGGAUUCACAGCCUUUAUGGGACACUGAGAAAAGGAUAAAAUUGUUAAAUCAAGUUUUAGUGUCCAUUAUUAAUAUGAUUGGCUCUGAAGAUGCUGAUAAAACUGGUAGAAGUUCUUUUUUUGCAACUGGGUUUGAUCUUAUUAUUCUGAGUAGGUUAAAGAAAAUACAAAAAUACAAUCAAGUGCAAGAUAACAUCACUAAGAAAUAUACACUAAAAACUCUAUACUAGUGAUAUAAUUUUUCCACACUAUUUGAUUUUUAACCCUCAGUGCACGCACACAAAAACACGCACAUGGAACAUGAGAAAAUAGUGUUUAUACGCACGUAAUUGAAUAUAUUUUCAUGCCUAAAAUUUAAUCAGUAUUCUUGAUACUAUGAAAUAGAUAGGGAUGCUUUUGUUUACAGAUAAAAUGUAAAGCUAGAAUUUUGUUAGAACAUUUUCCUGUUUCGUGUAUGCAAGUCUUGUGAAAUAAAUGUAAACAGAAAUACUGGAGAUAAAUAAAUAUUAUAGACCUGGACUUGGGAGUCAGAAAAUGAGCCAUCAUCAAUUCCUGACUGGUAUCUUCUUGGUCUCUAAGGGUAUGUACUCCUGGGACCAGAAUGAGAGAAAAUUGGUGAUCUAAUGAGGAGCUAUGGAUAUUGAGACCCCAGAAGACUAUAGAAUUCGGUGUAUAACAACCCAUCUCAAGAGCCCUGCCCUAUCAGACUACUGCUCCGGGCCCAGGCAGUUCACCGUCCAUGUGAGCUCAGAAUGCCCCGUGAUACCCACCUCCAGAG